UUGUCUUUUGUUUUUCACCAUGCCUGAACCAGUCAAAUCUGCUCCAGUCCCUAAAAAGGGCUCCAAGAAGGCUAUUAACAAGGCUCAGAAGAAGGAUGGAAAGAAGCGCAAACGCAGCCGCAAAGAGAGCUACUCUGUUUAUGUGUACAAGGUGCUGAAGCAGGUCCACCCCGACACUGGUAUCUCCUCCAAGGCUAUGGGGAUCAUGAACUCCUUCGUCAACGACAUCUUUGAGCGUAUCGCCGGGGAAGCGUCACGCCUGGCGCAUUACAACAAGCGCUCGACCAUCACUUCGAGGGAGAUCCAGACGGCCGUGCGCCUACUGCUGCCCGGGGAAUUGGCCAAGCACGCCGUUUCCGAGGGCACCAAGGCCGUCACCAAGUAUACCAGCUCCAAGUGAGCCUCUCGCUGCAGUUACAGGUCCUCCCUGACCCACACCCCAAAGGCUCUUUUCAGAGCCGUCCACGUUUCAAGAAAGAGCCAGUUCACUGUUAAGUUUGUCUCCCGUUAGGUACCCUUUGGGGCUCGCUUGGUACUAUAAAUGUACGUGUGUGUGUGUGUGUGUGUGUGUGUGUGUGUGUGUGUGUGGUGUAGUCUCACUUUGUGGCUCGCUUGGUACUAUAAAUGUACGUGUGUGUGUGUGUGUGUGUGGUGUAGUCUCACUUUGUUGCCCCCCCUGGAGUGCAGUGGCACGAUCUCGGUUCACUGCAAUCUCCACCUUCCGGGUUCAAGCGAUUUUUCUGCCUCAGCCUCUCGAGUAGGUGUGACCACAGGCGUGUGGCACCAGGCCCUGCUAAUUUUUGUAUUUUUAGUAAAUACGGGGUUUCACCACGUUGGCCAGACUGGUAUCGAACUCCUGACCUUAGGUGGUCCACUUGCCUCGGCCUCCCAAAGUGUUGGGAUCACAGGUGUGAGCCACUGCGCCCGGCCCAAAAUAUUUUGAAGAGGAUUAUUAGCAAGUAUGAGUGACCGUGGCUUAGGGAAGACACAACCUCCUGAGACCAUGAGAAAGUGGUUCUGAGGCAGUCAGAAUGCAACUGUUUUGUACAUUUUAGGGAAGCGGAAGUUAUUGGUAAAGUCAUAAAUAAAUGUGUGGAGGGUUAGUCCAGGCGCGGUGGCUCACGCCUGUAAUCCCAGCACUUUGGGAGUCAGAGGCGGGCGGAUCACUUGAGAUCAGGAGUUUGAGACCACCCUGGCCAACGUGGUGAAACCCCGUCUGUACUAAAAAUACAAAAAAUUAAAUGGGUGCAGUGGCACAUGCCUGUAACGCCAGCUUCUUGGGAGGCCGAGGCAGGAGAAUCGCUUGAACCCGGGAGGCAGAGGUUGCAGUGAGCCGAGUCGUGAUCGCAACACUGCACUAACCUGGGCAACAGAGCAAGACUCUGUCUCAAAAAAAAUCAGGUAAAUCAAAGAAAAUGAACUGGAAAAAAUAAUUGC